GUGUCAUACGGUAUAAGUUUAAGAAUUAAAACUUUUGUCGAGCUUUCCAAGCUUUCGUUGUAAAAUUCGCAUGUGGAAAAGUUAAAUAAGUAGGGGAAACACAUCUAAACACUAUUAAAGUGCCCACCAUGGAGCCAGAGGUGACUAUAUUGAGCAUUGGAACGGUGACAAGUAACUCUUCGGUGAACAAUCAACAAGUACCAUUUGAUCAGAAGUUUGCGGAACGCAUGAAACAGAUAUUACUAGACGGAGCGGCUCCCUUAAAUAGUACCCCAGAUCUGGAUUCAAUUGGAAGAUUUGCGGCCAAAUCGAUUCGAAGAAAUGGCAAACAAUAUUAUCAAUUCGGAAAAGAUACAUUUGAAAGGGACACUAUUAUCUCUGGCCCUGCUUUCGACCCCAAAAGUAUAGUUUUCCUAAUCAAAGAUAGGAUCGCCAAAGAACAUUGGAUAAAUGAAAAUGUUAUUCAGUUCCGCAAUAAUUCAUGGCCUGAAAUACAGACCAUUGUUUGCGAUUCUAUUGCCGAGCAGGACUAUCAGAUCUACCAAUUCCUGGGAUAUCUGCAAAGUAAUCAAUGAAAAUAGAUUUUUUAACUGCACCGCUGCAUCAUAUAGUUUUUAAAAUUAUUGUAGUUCAUAGUCCUUAAAUUUCCUGCCAGUGUCAGGAAUAACUUUCCUGGAGAGAAUCCUUUCAAAGCCUUGUUGAGCAGCAUUCUCAGGAAUUGCUCCUGAACGACAAUGCAAUAAAGAAACGUAAUAUUGUUCUCUUUCAAUUAUUGCAUUUUUUUAUUCAAAAUUGUUAAAAGCGCCUGCAUUUAGCUUUUAAAGCUUCAACGAAAUUAAACCUAGUUUUUAAAUCAGUUUAU